AAAAAAAAAGAAAGAAAAAAGAAGACUUUGACGACUUGUUUUCGGGAGAGAGAGAAACGCACAGAGGCUGAAGAAUGGAGCAACUUGCAAAACUCCUCCUGUGGCAGCUUUUGCUUCUGCAAAGGUCUGUUGUUCAUUUGUACUCCGUCCCAGCUGACUUAUCAAACCCAGAAAGUGUUGUGGUCUCUGUGACAAACAUCAGUGCCCCAGCGGGGUCCCAGACUGUCCUGCCCUGCAAGAGUUACCGCAUGGUCUGGACCCAGGACCGUCUGAAUGACCGCCAGCGCGUGGUCCACUGGGACCUGUACAGCAACUAUUAUGGAGAUUACAAGUCAGAGAGGCUGUGUGAUAUGUACUCAGCUGGGGAGCAGCGAGUGUACAGCUCCUACAACAAAGGGAGGAUAUUCAUGCCUGAGAACGCGUUCACAGAUGGCAACUUCUCACUGGUGAUCAAAGAUCUCGCUGACAGUGACAGAGGCAUCUACUCCUGCAACCUCCACCAUCACUACUGCCACCUGUAUAAGACUGUGAAAAUCCAGCUGGACGUCACCAAGAAAGCCAAGGCAGUGAAGAAUUAUUGGGAUGGUGAGAAGGAGGUGCUUGUGGCCCUGCGGGGCAGCACAGUGGUGCUCUCCUGCAUCAACCGGGACCAUAUCUGGACCGAGCGACACAGCGAGGAGGAGCAGCAGGUUGUCCACUGGGACAGGCAGCCCCCGGGGGUCCCACAUGACCGAGCCGACCGCCUCAUUGACCUGUACGCCUCCGGCGAGGGCCGUUCCUAUGGGCCGCUCUUUAUCCAACAGAGGAUGAACAUCACCGAGACUGCCUUUGCCCUGGGCGACUUCUCGCUGAGGAUCUCAGCCCUGGAGAAUGCAGAUGAGGGCACAUACUCCUGCCACCUCCACCAUCACUACUGUGGCCUGCAUGAACGCAGGAUCUUCCAGGUCUCUGUGAGCGAGCCGGUGAAGAAGGUGGUGAACCUCACUAACCACAACACAGCCCCAGCUCUAGACCCCAACAUCAUCAAGAGCCAUAAUGUGAUAAAUGUUAUCAUCCCCGAGAGCCGGGCACACUUCAUCCAGCAGCUGGGCUACAUCCUGGCCACACUACUCCUCUUCAUCAUCCUCCUCAUCAUUGUUGUCUUCAUCACCCGUAAGCGCCGGCGGAGAGGCUACGAGUACAAUGUGAAGAAACACGGAGAGAAAGAUGUAAAUCUCAAAGAAUUUAUGGCUGACACAACGGACCUGACCCGAUAUAAGGGUGAAGACAUAAGGCUGGAUUACAAAAAUAACAUACUGAAGGAGAAGGCCGAGCAAGCCAGGACCCUCCCAGCAAAGAACAUCGACUUAGACAAAGAUUUCCGGAAGGAAUACUGUAAAUGAAGAUAUCCCCAGAGCUGCUGGCUGGACCAGAAGCUGCAAUCAAAAAUAAAGAAUUAGACAAGAGAUGCAUUUUCUUAUUACAACCUCCUUCCAGUUACCGUUGGGCUUUUAUAUAGGCUUUUCCCUGUUGGGCACAGAGUCAUUUGCAGAUGCUUGCAGAAAGAGUUAGGCCAUGUUUCGUAGGUGAUUGUAGGGUGGAUUUGGGUGGUUUGUUUUUUUUUCUCUUUUCUUUUCCUACCUUCUUCCUGGUUUUUUUGUUCCUUUGCAUCAAUGGCUUUACCAGCUGAAUCAGCAGACGUGUAGCAGCUUUCAAUAAAUCCAACCUGCACCACGG